AGCUCUAGUGAACACAGUUGAACACUUUGACACAGCCGGACAUUUGACUUAUGAACACCAAGGCCCAUAAACUGAAGUUUCUUGCGACUUUCUCAGGAUUAUUCACAUAAUUUAGAGACUUGCCUUGAACCAGUUCCCUUAAAAUGUGUUUCGUCCUCGCGCUGGAAUAGAAGAGCACUUGAACUUUUUUCUGCAAAGAAUUUAUAGACUGUGCCUGAAAGUCUUUUGUGAACACCCGGUCACCUGCACUCAGGAGCCAUGCCACCUGCUGUCGGAGGUCCCGUGGGCUACACCCCUCCUGAAGGGGGCUGGGGUUGGGCCGUGGUCGCUGGCGCCUUCAUUUCUAUUGGAUUCUCCUACGCCUUCCCAAAGUCCAUCACCGUGUUCUUUAAGGAAAUAGAAACGAUCUUCGAUGCCACCAGCAGUCAAGUGUCCUGGAUCUCCUCCAUCAUGCUUGCUGUCAUGUACGGAGGAGGUCCAGUUAGCAGUAUUCUGGUCAAUAAAUAUGGAAGUCGGCCCAUUAUGAUUUUGGGAGGUUGUCUCUCGGGAACAGGACUCAUUGCGGCUUCUUUCUGCAACAGCGUUGAGGGCUUAUACUUCUGCAUAGGUGUUGUGGGAGGUCUGGGACUGGCAUUUAAUCUCAACCCAGCUCUCACUAUGAUUGGCAAAUAUUUCUACAAGAGGCGACCCAUAGCUAAUGGAAUUGCAAUGGCCGGUAGUCCAGUCUUCUUAUCCACUCUCGCUCCUUUGAACACGUGGUUCUUCGAUCAGUUUGGCUGGAGGGGAAGUUUCUUGAUCCUGGGUGGACUUCUGCUCAACUGUUGUGUAGCCGGAUCACUCAUGAGGCCCAUAGGUCCAAAACCUCAACCGGCAGUCAAAGGAGUAAACAGUAAUGGCAGAGCGGCCCAACGAAAGAGUGUGAUCGAGAAGAUCAACGGUUUUAUCGACUUGACGCUCUUCAAGCAUCGCGGCUUCUUGCUGUACCUUCUGGGUAACGUGGUCUUGUUCUUUGGCCUCUUCUCUCCCCUCGUGUACCUGAGCAAUUACGCCAAGAGCAAAGAUAUUGCAAGGGAAAAGGCUGCUUUUCUGCUCUCUGUCCUGGCCUUUGUAGAUAUGGUGGCACGACCCUCUAUGGGAAUAGUGGCCAACACGAAAUGGGUGAGACCGAGGGUGCAGUACUUCUUUGCCGCCUCUGUCCUUCUCAACGGUGUGUGUCACCUGCUUGCCCCUCUGUCGACGGACUAUAUGGGGUUUGUCAUUUACUCCAUCUUCUUCGGCUUUGCCUUUGGGUGGCUGAGCUCCGUGCUCUUUGAGACCCUUUCGGAUCUGGUGGGGGCUCAGCGUUUCUCCAGUGCUGUAGGGCUGGUGACCAUUGUUGAAUGUGGGCCUGUGCUACUUGGGCCUCCUUUACUUGGAAAAUUCAAAGACAUUUACCACGACUACAAGUACACUUACAUGGGCUGUGGAAUAAUCCUGCUGGUUGGAAGUGUGUUUCUUUUCGUCGGAAUGGGCAUCAACUACAGGCUUCUGGAUAAGGAGGCGAAAGAAGAAUCCAAAAGAGCAAAUCUCCAGGAGAGGGAGGACGAUGCGAGCAAGGACAGUGUGAAAAGAGAACCUGGAAAAGAGGUUUCAGAAACAUUGAAAGCACCUGAUGAAAAUGCAGCCGAGGAUACUGUGUGAUACUUUCUAUUCCAUUCAUUGAUUCUGUUAAAUCACUGUUGUUGAUUCUGGCGAUACUUAAUGUCUAAACACUCAGCGUUGUGGAUCUGAAUACAAACAUUGAUCAUGACAAUUCUGUUUGCUGAGAUAAUGAUGCAAAACAGCCAUUGCCAACAUCCAUAAUGUUAAAUCUGUAUUCAAAAUUUUAAGAUUUAUGUUUAAAAAUGUUUACUGUAGGACAAGUUUUUACAUAAAGGGCACAUUAGUGAAUGAGGAUAAUAUAAUAAUGCACAAUUUUGAAUAUUUGCCAUAAAGUACCACUGUGCAUUUAUAUCAUUAUCAUUAUUCACUUGCCAUUGUCAUAUAUUCUCACAUUUGUUUGUAUACACUACCAAUAUACAGGUAGAUAUAAAAUGGUGACAGCUGUAUCUGUAUUGCAUUGUUCUUGUAAUGCCAAAUAAUGUAGGCCAGGGACAGUUUAAAUAGUUUUGCAAAACAGUUAGAAUAAAAAUUAUUCUCAUUUUAAUAUGAAUUUUAUUGCAUCCUUGUUCAUUUCUCUAGAGUCUUAGUCUCAUGAUCUGUUGAGAUUCAAUUAACUGUUUUGUGUUUGGGGACCAUGAGAGUGAAACUUUAACCCUUCAUUGUAUCACAUACUGUUUCCAAUCAUAUGAAAUAGUCUACUAAGUGUUACUUUUUUAGCUUUGACUCAAGUAAAUCACACUGCAGAAAAAUACAAUAACUGAUAAACAUUUGUAAGUCAUUUUGAAUAAACAUCAGCCAAAGGCAUACAAAUGUAAGGUAAAAACGUUUUAAGAUA